AUGGAAGUAAACAUCCAUAGAAAAAUUGUUUUCCUACACACAGGUGAAGGUGCUGCAAUCUUCAAUGUAACGAACGGUGUUUCGAGAGAGACAUUCCUAAAAUGGCUUAGAGGAGGAGCAUUAUCUGCGGUACUCACAGAUCCAGUCUUGAUCGAUGCCACUAUCCAUCAAUAUACUGAUUACGCCAACAUCUCAAGCCCAAUCACGAAUCGUCGUAUGUUUCAAGAUCUACWGGGUGACAUGGGAUUUGUGGYKCCUUGYAUUWCAGGYGCAAACGCRCAUUCMAARUCGAARAAAGCAAAGACAUAUUUGUACUCUUUUGAACAUCGMAUUGAMCGUUUGUAUGGUUUKAMAGUCCCAUCMUGGGUAAAGGCGAACCACGGUGCAGACGURMYAUUUGUCUUUGGUUWUCCGCUGUUAAAUGCUUCAACGACAACGGACGCAAAUUUUUCUCGCGAAAUCAUCAAAUAUUGGACGAACUUCGCAAAAUCAGGAAAUCCAAACGCUCCAAAUAGUGUUGGCCUUACUUGGCCUGAAUACACCGUGGAGCAACAGAAAUACAUAUCACUGAAACCCAACAUGGCGGUCAACAGUCACCUUCGUGCUGAUUACGUAGGAUAUUGGAAUGCGUUCGUUCCCAGUGCCCUACGAGUAGCACCUCAACCUUGUAGCAGAGCUAAAGAUAGAAAAGCUACAGCUGCUGUAAUACUUUUGUYAUCUGUGGUCACUACCUUUUUAUUCUGAGGAAUGACGAAGCCGAUACCCUUCCUGAACAGUACAACUUGCUCUCUUCUCUACCAGACAAGAAAAGAAAAAAAAAAAAGAGACGGAGACGUCUCUACCACUAUACAACCAUUCUCCACCCGUAAAACCAGUUCUUCACUAGUAUAAAAUUAGUUCUCUGCUAMCAAAAUCAGUUUCCCAACAGUAGCAAAACCAUCAAAGAAUUGCCCCAGAAAAGUUGUUUMGCAGCCAUAUUUGUUAAUCUUACCUUAUUUGGAAAUACGAUAGUACUGGUUUUUGGCGAUUUUCUCGACUUAUAAAGCAUGAAAUUGUCUGCUGAAACUUGCAGAUAUUAUAGCGGAACACUUCUC